AUGCACGGGGCCAUUGGCGAUCUACGAUGGUUGCAGGCCACGCCCUACUUGCACAGGUCUAUGGCGGACCCUGCCGACGAUUUCGCGAGCUGGGAGGCCCGCAUUUUGCAAUCGCUCCCAGCUUGGAAGAAGGCGCUGGACACGGCGCUACUAUCGCACGCCCGAGCUGCCGCUCGCGCUCGCGCGCAUCGACGGCUGAACCCCGACAUGGCCGACGACACUUUCGAGGAGACGCGCCCGCCCAGCGUGGGCAGCAAGGAGCUGAACGACGCCACCUGCGAGAAUAUCAAGGACAACUUUGAGAAGUACGAGAUGGCGCUUCACAGCGGCGCCGUUUCGGCGCUAACAACCCAGACAGAGAUCGACGGCGCGAAGCGCAUCGGCCCGACGGAGGACGAGAUCGGCUUCCAAUCCAACGAGCUGAGCGACACCUCUUGCGAGCUUGUGGAGCGCGCCGACAAGCGGAGACCCGUCGUGGUCAACCGCAAUCUCGAGGAGUGCGAUGCGGCGCUGCACAGUGGUAUCGCCUUGGAGUGCACCACCAAUAUGCCGAUCGACUGCGAGGACGCGGUCAGCUCGACGGUCGAGCAGAUCGGCUUCCGCCCCAACAUGGUCUACCCGCCCACCGCGGACAGCAAGGGGCUCAACGAUCAUUUCGUAGACAAUAACCCGCCCACCGCGGACAGCGAGGGGCUGAGCGACGCCAGCGGUGGGACCGGACAAGUCGCCCUUCAACCUGGCCGCGCUGAUCACUCAGCGCUGAUGGGCUCGAGUCGAUCGACCGCGAUCGGCGGGCGCAGCUUCGGGGCAUGGCAGCGCCCCGACGGACAUGCGCUGCGAAGGGCGACCAGAGGCAAGGCAUGCAGGCUUUGCAUGGUGCGCCGUGAGCCUUCCGCCGUCAACUUCAAGCCAAUCUUCGCGCCCCUCUCCUGCAGGCGAAGAGCCCGCGCAGCCUGCGUGAAGGGCAGGCGCGCGCACAUGGUCCAGACCUACAUCUACAUUUACAUCUGCAUCUACAGCUACAUCUACAUCUACACCCGCAUCUACAUCUACAUCUACAUCUACAUCAACAGCGAGACUCACACCUACAUCUACAUCUACACUUACAUCUACACCUACAUCUACACCGACAUAUACAUUUACACCUACAUCCACAUCUACACCCACAUCUACAUCUACAUCUACAUAUACACUUUCGCAUCGGUGCUGCAGCGUUCUGCCUGGUCCAGGUUGUGCAACGCAGGCAGCGGCGUCUGCUCCACCGCGGUCGGCUCCGCCACGGUCGCCCUGUCGGAGCUGUCGACGCCACCUGGGUCUGCCGAGAUUCCAGGCGACGGGCGCGGCGGGGCCCCGGCGGUGGACCCGCCGCCAGCGCUGGGCUGCCAGGAGCUCCCGAGUAGGGGCUCCGCGCUGCACCGGUGGGGCGCCUGCAAGCCGUGCAGGUUCCAUCUGGAGGGCUGCACGAACGGCGUGGACUGCCAGUUCUGCCACCUCUGCCCCCCCGGCGAGAGGACGGGGCACCGCACGAGGGAGCGCCAACGGAGGUGAGCGAGGAGCCUGCGCCGCCCGCUGGUAGGGGCGCCUCAGUCGUCCCCCUUGAAGGCCUUUUUCAGGCUCGCGGGAGACCGCGGCCCUGCCGCAGCCCUCGGGAGGGCACUGCCGUCGCAGCGGUGGCCGUUUUUGGUUCAAUGCAACCGAAAAGGCGAGCGCACCCGACGUGUUUCCGCUGCCGCAUCCGCGCCGAGAGGGCCCGGAGAAAUCGUAGAUGAAGCCCGUAGGACUGUUCCAUUUAAUGAAAGCUUGC